AGCGGCGAUCCCCCUCCUAAAUCGACACCGCUUUCUCUUUUUCCCGCUUUCCCCUUUUCUUCCCCAAAGCAUCUUGACACCAUUUGCUUCUGUCGGUUUAUUUGCUUUUUUUUUUUAAAAAACUGGUCUGGACUUCUCUUGUUUUCGAGUAAUUGUGAAAAAUUCCAAAUUGGAACGGUUGUGCGGCGCACAGCUCACUGGUACACGCCAACUGAACCUUACCACGAAGUUUGCCCUCUUUAA